UUGUCCAAUCAGCUGAUUAUGGAUGUAAACAGACGCAGCAGCCUGGCUCUGCUGGACCUGACUUGCAAAGCUGUUCUGAACCAACUGGACCUGACUGGCAACACGUUGAUAACGCUACUAAACAAGAUUGGCAAGGCUCCUCCGAGCCUGUUGGAUCUGACUGACAAGGCGCCUUUACCACCAGCUAGAGCAGAGUAAUAAGGCUGCCCUGUGUGUCGCUGCACCUGACUGGCAAGGCACCAGUAAAUCAGACUGGCAAGGGUCUUUUUAACUUCCAGCUGGCAAAUCUUGGCAAGCCUGCUCCAUCACCCCGCUGGCCAUGUAGCUAUGAGGUCCCAGGGAAGAAUUCUCGGGUAUUGGCUAUGCCUGUGUCUUUUUUUCAGUGUCCCAGCUGGUUCUUCCAGCGAGAAGGUUAGUGUGGAACGAGGAAAGACUGAGGGGACCAACAUAGGCGACAAUACUCAGAAUCGGACAUGGUGUGAAGCUAGCAGUGGUAAGGUAGCAAUCCAGGAAAGGGAUUACUCGGUGAAAAAUGUCAGUUAUGAGAUCUUCGGUAUGGGUCAAUAUACUAGCAUUGCUGUCAAAAUAAUGGAUAUUGAUGAAGAAAAUGUUAGUUUCCUCAUAGUUCAGGCUCAUUCUCAGAGUCGCUAUCUGCUUCUUGGCCAUGAACUAAACCCAGUUCCAGGGACUUACAUUAAUAGCACUAGUCCAGGACUGGUAGUGCAUGUGGACAACUCAUUCAGUCAUUCACAGAAAAAUGGAACACAUCGUGUAUUUCUCACCAAUUGUCACGAUAGAAAUAUUACAGUCCUAUUCAUUGUGCGGAAUUACAGUAAUUCUGAGCCAAUUCCUGGCAAUUACAAGGCUCCGUACAAUCUCACGCAACCUUACCUGGCAAUGGAGCCCAACAUCCUGACAACAAAAGUAACUUACCGAGCUGCUUCCUAUCCUGAUCUGGAGCCCAGUCCCACUGAAGGACAACUCAAAUAUGAAACUUUUCUCACUUACAUGUACGAGAGGGACUUGAGUGAGAAGAAAUACUGGAAUGCGCUGAUUGCAACGAGUACUCUUAAAGGUCUCAGGGAACAUGCUAAGUCUGUGGCAAGAGAGGAAAACAACAAUACUAGUGAAGAGUUGAACAAGUGGUUCGUGUCGUACUCUGGGGUUGGAGCCGUCAUCACUGUCGUUGUGUCUUGCAAUAACUCUCAAGGAGCCCUCUACUCCUCUGCUGUCUCCUACGGUUGUGAUUUUAUUGAUGCAGUACAGUACGAGUGUACAAAGCUAGUAACUCCAUUGGCUAAAUUGUUCUGUGCCUCGCUGCUGUUCAUCGGCGGUAUCCUGCUGUUCCUGGGUCAUCGGUGGCUCAACUUCACGAUGUUCACCUCGGGCUUCCUUUUCUUCUGGUGUGUUUUUUUUCUCAUGUGUGCCCAAGACACAUCGAGCAGUAUCACCGCAUUGGGAUGGGGUACCUUAGUUGGAGCUAUAGCUGGUGGUACUCUGUGGCUCGUUGGUUGGCAUAAGUUCCAGCGACCUUUCCACUCGUCUCUCUUGAUUAUUGUCAUAACUGUGAUCUUUGUAGGGAUGGUGGUCACACAUUUUCUCAGAUAUGCCAUUGCACCCAAAAGCACCAACCUUUCAGCAUUUGUGGUGUUCCCAGUCUUCUUUGCUAUCCUCAUCAUAGCCUACGCCAUUGUUGAUAUCAAAAAGGUUCACAUAUUUUCAUGUGUGAUGCUGGGUUCAUAUGCAUUUAUAGUUCCUUUUGCAUUUUAUUUUGGGUCAUCUCUAACAUACAUAGUGAUAAAUGUGAUUGGACUCAUGACCGUGGAAAACUACUCGGAGGCUGUGGGAUAUCCUCCUUUUCAAGUGUGUGAUAUCAUCUUGCUGUGCUUGUGGAUCUUACUCUUUAUAUCUGGUAUGGGUUAUCAACUGUACCGAGAGAGAUCAAGCCCUCCAUUUCAACCACCAAACCUCUCCUCAUGGCGAGCUACCAAGAAGUUUUGUAACUUCGUGUUUGAUAAAAUAUUUGCGUGCCUGCCUAUGGAUCCGGACCCCGGAGGUGUUGGCAUAGAAGAUCGGCCAACGUGGAUUUUAAGGAUAACUUAUUCAUUUAGAAUGUUGCGAGAAAGAGUGACUUGUAAUAGGCACAAUUCUCUAGAGUCGGGCUAUGAGAGCUUCCAAAGAGUGCGCACUACAUCUCAUUCUCCAGAUGAAGAGUUAAACUCUAACGCAUCGAAGUUUAAUGCUAUUAAGGCAAGAAUAAAUGAAUGGAUAGACAAAGUUCGAUCUCGCUUAAGAAGGGACGACGAGAGGCUACUAGAAGAUAGUGAUGAUGAUGAUACCCAGUUUGAGGGUGACGGGGUCGCAUGCUGUUCAUUCAGAAAAUCUAGAGUAGUACUUGAUGAUGAGUAUACAGCUAAUUCUCACUGAUAAAGUAUAUAUCUUUAGACAGAAAAUAUUAUUUCAUGGUAUACCCCUAAUUUACUGAGUUUUCAAAGGAUAUACCUCGUAUAGAAUCGCCAUAUGGUGGUUGGAUUGGUCCAACUAAAGUUAUAUUUUACAUGCAAUUGAGGAUCUUUCACUUAAAAAUGUUGAUGUAUGUAUUUAUUAUUUGGACAGAACUUGCCAUAAUCAGUAGUGUGAACACUCAACGUGAAAUCAUUUUAUGCUCUUUUUCAAAUACAAGUCAUGAAAAAGUAUUUGCCAAAUAUUCAAAGAUCUUUGUUGGGAGGAUAAAGCUGGCCAAAGCAUGUUAAUUAUAUGCUUAUAUAUGCUUAAGUAUAUGCAUGUUGUGUAACUCGUAGUGGACAAGAUGCAUCCGACGUGUACAAUGGUACAUAUUGAAUAAAGUUACCUAACUUGUGCAAUGGUGGUAAGCAGAUAAGAGAUAUUGAACAUGUGCAAUGGUAAAAAAGUGGGCAAGAUAUAUCCGGCUUGUGCAACACUGCAGAUUGAACAAUAGAUACCCAGACGUGUACAAUGGUGCAAUAGAUACCCAACUUGUACAUAUUGGACAAGAGAUCUCUGACUUGUGCAAUGGUACAAAGUGGAUCAAGAUAUCCGACUUGGAUUAUAGUUCAGAUAAGAUAAGAUAUCCGAUUUAUAUAAUAAUCCAAAUUAAAUCAUUUGGAUUAUUUAAUAUCGGAGUGAUAUCCAACUUGUGCAAAUUCAGCCCAUGUUUAUAAAAAAAUUCAAUAUUUAGUGUUUAUUUCGUAUGUGAGGUUAUUGACAUCUGUUUAUCAAGUAUUGGAUUGUGUAUGACAUGGCAUUUAUUAUUUCCUUGUAUAGCUAAUGUUUCAUAAUCAUUUUUAUAAUUUGUCAGCAUUUAAAAAAAUAGCAUUACUAAUUGAUCUCCAUUUUGAUAGUUCAAUACUAAAGAUCAUAUAUUUUCUCAUAUUGUCUUAUAUUGAUCUUCGUGACAGAGACAUGAUUUUUUUUUUAAGUCACAAAGUGCAUAUAAUGAAGUAAUUGUAUGCUAUACCGUAUAUGCACUUAUACAUUUACCAAUAAUCCCAUGUACAUGUCAUACCAAAGCAUGCAUAAGAAAAUUCUUUCAUUAAUUGUGCAACCUGUAUAAACUCUCUAGUUGUGCACAAUGCAACAUAUAAACUUGCUGUGCAUUCAUACGGCAACAUUGUAUAAAUUGAUAAUCACUCCUGUUGUGUGAUUUUUUGUUUUUGAAACGGUUUGUGUAGAAACUUUUUUUUCCUCUUCGUAUUCUAGCAUCUAUAAUAAAAAUCUUCUUGUUCAUAUAGAUA